GGAGCACCGAUGCAGUGCUAAGACGAUACAGCCCGGUGCAACUAAAAGCUUGCUUUGAGUCCCGCCACCGAAGCCGGAACGAAACCUAGACCGCUUCACUUGCCUCUCAAUCAUCGUCGGCCGCCAGUGCAGAAUGGCUAAUGAAGAAUAUAAGGUUAAUGGGUCGAGUUCUCAGAAUGAAGGGUGUCCAAAGUCCAGUGCAGAAAGGGCUACAAGUAGGAAGAAUAAAAAGAAAAAGCAAUCGCAGGAAAGUGUAAAAACGGAGCAUGAACAGGAGAUCAAUGAACACAGCCCUCCAGCUGGAGGGAAUUUACAAGCUGGUGAUAUGAGGGUGGAAAGUGGGAAAAAUAAAAUAAAGAAGAAAUUGUUGGAGGAAGCUUCUUUAAGCAAGGAAGGUAGUAAAAAAUCUAAUGGUGAGAGGAAAAAGAAAGUAAAGGAAACAAAAAGGCAAUUAUUACGUAAAGUUGAGGAUGAAGAGGAAGAUGUUAAUACAGUGGGUUUUCCACAGGAGGUGAAUCCAGCAGCUGAAGGUGGAAAAAUUGAAACUGCAAAAGGCAAGGAAGAAGAAGAGGAUCCAAAAUCCAAUGUUGAAAUGGUCAAUAGGCUUAAAAAGAAGAAGAAGAAGAAUAAUAAAGAGCAGUUACUAAAGGAUGCUGCUAAGGCUGACAAGCGUGGUGUUUGCUACUUAAGUCGAAUCCCUCCCCACAUGGAUCAUGUAAAGCUUCGUCAUAUUCUUUCCCAAUAUGGAGAAAUACAGAGGAUCUACCUUGCACCUGAAGAUCUCGCUGCUCGAGUAAAUCGCAAAAGAGCUGGUGGAUUUCGAGGUCAAGAAUUCUCUGAAGGGUGGGUUGAAUUUACCAAUAAGAGCAUUGCAAAAAGGGUUGCGAAUAUGUUAAAUGGUGAACAAAUAGGUUGGUAAUUAAUUGCAAUGAUUUUUUUCCUAUAAAAUUUUGCAUGUAAUUUAUAAAUAAGCUCCUUGGUGUUCUUAUUUGUGUAUAUUUUGGACA